AUGGACAGGCUUGGUCUUGGCGCGCGUCGUCGAGCGACAAGCGCCGCGCGGCGUGCGACGACCGCUGAUGGCCUCCACGAAAACAUCAAGCAGGGCGUCGCGACGUAUGAUCAAGAGCAGCGACAGCAGUCGCGCCGGGCAACCUUGGGCCUGGCCCCCGACUCGCGGACGCUUCAGGCCAAGCUCGACGCACUCUCCAAGCAAGCGGUCUCCAACCGCCUCAAGGUCGGCGAGAUCAACGACCGCGUCGGGCGCAUCCUUGAAGAGUUUGACGACGCGACGACCGACGCCAUGCUGCCGUAUGACCGCCUUCCAGUUAACGAGCUGCCAUCGAGCCAGGCAAGCCACAUAUUGGAGUCGAUGCGGGCGUCGCUGCAUUACGCCGUCAUGGCGGAAGCAGAGACCCUCGAAGACGUUCCUACAGAGGACACGACGAUGAUUCCGUCGACAACCGACUUUAUUGAUGACGUCCUCGACUCGUCCCGUCUACAGCAGCGCCGGUUGACGACAACAGCGCUGCAACUGACCAAGCUCACGGGUCUCCAGCGCGCCGAGCUCGAGGAAAAGAUUGCAUCCCUGGAAGGCGCGCUCUCGGACGCAGAGCAUCAGUACGCGACGCUAGAAUUCAAGCACGCCGCGCUGGGCAAGGACGUGACGCGGCUGAGCGCGGAGGUCCAAGCGCUCAAGCAGACGCAGACCAAGUUACUGUCCAACCUCAGCGACGCCAAGAAGGAGCGAGAGGCCGCCGAGGCUGCGCUGCAUCUCGAAGCUCAAACGCGCGAGGUGGCGAUGGAUGCUACGAUCCGUGGCUUGCAGCGCAAGGAGCUGCAAAUGACACGCGCCUUGCGGGAGGCCGAAGACCGCAUCAAGCAGCUUCUCGAGGCACCACCCCCCGUCGCUCUCAGUGGCAGCCCUGAGGUGAUACUGCCAUCGACGCCCGAGUCGUCCAAGGCCAAUGCACCGGUGCUCCCGACAUCAACCAAACCGGAGAGUCCACCAAAGCCAACGCUCUCUCGCAAGACCACGUCGCGCGCCGAGUCGAUCAAGGCGAGCCGCAUCUACGCCGGUGCUCCGGUUGUCUACACCCAUAUGGACUCGGCUGCAGACUCCAACAGCGUCGCCGCCCCAGCGAUGGACACCUUCCAAACAAAACCACCCUGCACGUCCUCCGAGGCCGGCAGCAACGCCGCCCGCCCGAGCCAAGUGCCCGAGACGAUACUCGGCCAGCGCAUUGCUGAUGCGCCGCGACAAAGCAUGAACGAGUCACAGAACGAUGUCACGGAGGCCAGCGUGACCGCUACGGGGGCCAACACACCUCGGUACGCCUUUCUAAGCCGACGGCCGUUGCACCAAGCGUCCAGCGUCGACUUGCACAGCGACAAGAUACCCGAAGAGGCUUCAAUCAAUACCCUUUCGAUCCCGGUUGUCGUGCAAGCACCGACAUCAGCAAGGGACGUCUCAUCCUGGCAGUUGAUUGCGCACGAUCUUUUGAAAUCAGCGCCUGACAGUCUGGUACUGCGUCUGCGCUUUAAAGGUCCAGCCCAAGCCUCCAAGUCGGUCUCAACCCAGCACUGGACCUUGUAUCACUUGGCGACGCAUGCUGGUAUCGGCUUUCGCAUUCCAGAAACCACCUUGCAAAUUGACGCUUCCAAUGACGUCCUCGUUGUCGUCAAGAUGCAGUUGGGGUCAAGCCCGUCGCCAGCGAACGCUCUGGACGUCGUUGAACGGACAAGUCACGAGCCAGCGCCCAUGUUGAAGACGUUGCACUCGAUCACGGCGCUGUCGACAGCGACGCGAAGUGCGCGAUCGAGUGGGCCAUCGGGCGACGAAGCACCCUUUUUCACGGCUCUCGGAGUGGUCGACGUACUCGACAACAAGAGCCGGCCAACAACGGCCCGGUCCAGCCACGAGAGACCCCUUACAGGACGACACAGCGCAAGAGGCGAAAGCCACCCUAUCGCGCAUAUAACAGCAUCUGACUUGCCCUCGGCCUGCAAGACCUCGGACAAGUCGUUCUCGUCAGCAGAUUACCGCAGCGAGCUCGUGCUUUGCGAUGUUGGCGACAUGAACCGGGACGUGGGCGUACGAUCGAAAGACUCUCCGGCAGCCGCGAUCUCGAAUGACGCCCGCACGCCAGCGCAUGCGACACCACCCUCAACUAGCCAUGAGAUCACCAGCGCUGGCGCAGAAUUGCAAGCCGCACGCAAUGCAUCGAGGUAUCCGACGGAGUCGACUUUGCCGAGUUCAACCAUGGCCAUCCCGCCAGAUUUUGUGCUACCAAAUGCAGCGAGAACAACCACAGAGGCAAGUGGGCUGCGACAGAAUGGGCUAGAGACAACCGGACGCGUCUUGCUGGAGGGCGGACGAAGCGCACUUCGACGCCUCUCGGACGAUGGGGCGGCGACCGGAUGUAUUUCGUAUCUCUCUUCGCCCGAAGCGGGUCGUAGUGUCCCGGGGCGCGACGCUGACACCGUGUGUCGACCGGCGCGACGCCUCUCCAUCGAACACUCGCCCCUCAAGACCGACGCUGAGCCACCGCGAGUCGCCGACGAGACGCUCACCAUGAUGGAGCGACCACGAACGAGCUCUGGGGCAAUUGCUUCAUGGAAGAUGGGGAUGCCGAGUCGGGGCCUCCUGAUCGGCGACGGUCGUCCGCAAACGCGGCCCAAGACUUGCGCCUGCUUCAAAAACGCAGACUUUUUCAAAAACUCUGCCCGUCUGACAAGCCACCACGACCACUGUCCGCUCGCGGACGAGCCGCGCCGCCGCCGACGGCACUCACUUGCAGCGACCAUAGUGCUUGACAAGACGGUGGACUGCUGCCUUUGGUCACCGGCCAGCGUCAACGUGGUGCAGAUCCAGUUCCCAACCAAUAUCGCCUCGAAUCUGUAG